GUCUCUGAGCUCCCCACCACAAAUCUCCAACAAGGGGCCAUCGCCAUCAUCUUUUUAUUUCCCGUUCUUGCUUUUUUAGUCUGGGGUGUGCGCAUGUACUCCAGAUGGAGCACUAAGCAGGUGGGAAUUGACGAUUGGUUGGUCACAGCCGCCAUGAUCUUCUCAAUUGGGUUGACAAUACCGACUUAUUUUUUUUUUAAGUACCAAUUCAUCGGCUUCCCAUCCAAAGACGUCCCCGACACAUACAACGCCGAACCCUCCCUCUUCUGGAACUGGAUAAUGCAGGUCCUCUAUAACCCGAUCCUGGCUCUCGUCAAGUCAUCGGUUCUCAUCUUCCUCCUUCGGCUGGGAGGCCAUCGUCGCAGCAUCAGAUGGUCAAUCUAUGCACUCAACACAUUCAACCUGGCGCAAAUGUUUGCCAUUUUUAUCACCGUCCUUUGCCAAACGGUUCCCAUCAGGGCGUUUUGGGACAAGUCCAUCAAACCACAGCGCGAGGUCGACUCGCCGCUGUUCUACAUCUCGACGGCUGUCAUCACCAUCAUCACCGACUUUUUGGUCCUUCUUAUCCCAUUUUGGGUUUUCCUUGGCCUCAAGAUGCGCGUUGCUGCCAAGGUGGGAUUGAUAGUUGUUUUUCUCGUGGGUGGUGUGGUAACCGUCGUUGCAAUUAUUCGAGUGCAUGAGUUUCGCAAAAAGUUCUAUCACAUCGACCCCAACUAUGACCCUCGAAACUCACUGGGAGAGACAUUGAGUAAUAUCGAGGUCAAUCUCGCCAUCAUUGCCUCUUGCGGACCUGCUCUGCGGCCUCUCUUCCGCAGAAUGUUCCCGGGUCUAUUUUCCAACAAGAGCAGCAACGAGGCCGUGGACUACAACACACCGAGCAGGUACGGUAAUAGUACUGGGAUACGACAUGCAACUGUGACCGGGUCAUUUCCCCUCAAGGAUAUCCAUCUCAGCAAGACACACACCGAGAUUCGUGGUCAUUCGCCAAAUGGUAGUGAGGAGGAGAUCAUGACGUAUAACGGCAUUAUCCGGACAACAGCGGUA